GCCUCUUCGUAGACCGAGCGAAGCCACCUGGCUGCUGGAUCGUUUUAAGGGAAGAGACCUCGGGCGAAGGAUGAGUAGUCUCGGCAUUAGUGUCGAGGCUUUGGUAGAGGUGCUUAAAGAGAUUGUACAAGGACUCUUGUGGAGAAGAUUUAAAAGGAAGGCUAAAUGUUACAUAAAACUAGACUUUAAGAUUUUUGAUAUAGAUGAUUUUUUUAUCGUUCAAGUAACAAAGUGUAGCUCUGGUUUCCCAGAUUUAAGAGUUUUAUUUACAGAUGCGCUGAAAAAUCAACUGUCAAAUAAUCAAGACUUGGGUAAUACCGAUCUAAUUGUUGCUACGGUUGAAGAAAAAUCAACACCCGUAAUCCUGACACGUAAAGUUAUUUGUACCAAAGAUUCUACAUUUAAGAUAGCUACCGAGGAAACGGUGAAGGCACAAAAGGAAUAUGUUUCAUUAAAAUGUUACGUCUCUAUUAAGCUUUUGGUACAUACAUGUGUUUCAUUUUUACAAAUAGAAGAACUAGACUCUAAUAUAAAAAUUCUAUUUCGUAAAGAUAAACAAUAUAUUUAUCGAAAUCAUGUUCGAAUGGACGACAUUAUAUUAUCAUGUAAAAUUCUAAGCUCCUCUUGUACAUGUAUAUUUCUCAAUAGUCAAAAUGAUUUUCAAAAAGAACUCAUGAAUUUACUCGGCAUAACUAAUCCAGGUAAUUUUGAGGAAACUCUUGGUUGUUUGUUAUUGGCUCAAGUUAAUAAUAAUUUCAAAGGACCCUGUAUAAAUAAAAGAAGACCAAAAUAAUGUGUUUUUAAGGAACAGUCGUGUCUAUUAUACUUUUAUAUUAUUUGUUAGAGUUUUGACGAUUAAUUUCUAAACAUUCUCUAAAGGUAUCUUCAAACUUUUCUUUAUGUUGGUCAUUGAAUAGAAAUAU